CAAAGGAGCUACUGACGGAACUGAUUAUUAAAUGUUUAAUAAUGCUGUGGGCAGAAGAGGGGAUAUUCCGUUCCAAUUAUUUUUUAAAGCUUCGCGUUGCUACGCCACAGGCCAACAAGAAGAAGAGUUGGUGGCGGAGAUGGUAAAGAGACGGCGACAAGCGGUGAAUGAGGCGGAGAUAACCCCUCAGUUCUUCAAGAUUAUUCUCUUUCCUCAUGCCUCUAAAUUACACAUCCCAGAUGAAUUUGUAAUGAAGUAUGGGGCCAACAUGCGAGAUCUUGUGUCCCUUGAGGUCCCAAGUGGUGCGAUAUGGAAAGUAAAAUUGCAAAACUCUAAUGGCAUGGCAUGGCUGAAGGAGGGUUGGGACCAGUUCAAGGAGUACUAUUCAAUUGGUUGUGGUUACUUUUUACUCUUCCAAUAUAAUGGAAACUCUCAUUUCUCUGUCUCCAUAUUUGAUUUAAGUGCUUCCGAGAUUGAAUAUCCUUCUGGCCCAAGUGAAGAUAUGACACCAGAGAAUUUUGUAAAGAUAGUGGGUGAUGCUAGUCAUAGAAAGAAGGAACGUGGGCCUGAGACAAACAAUAAUGCAUGUGAUGACAUCGUGGACGGUUUUCUGAGAAUGAAGACUGCAAAAGUUACAAAAGUAGCAGAUCAUUCAUAUUCAAGAAGACAAAAGUCUGGUGUUCCAGAAUGGCAGGAUCCUAUCAGGAUGAACCUUGAGAAACCAGACGUGGAGGAGGAUUUGUAUUGUGCAACAGAUAAAGUAAAAAGGAAGGAGAUUAAGAAGAAACUUGAAAAACAAAACAUGGAGAAGAAUUUGUACCAUGCAGCAGAUAAAGGAAAAGCAGAGCACUGCAAAGAAGUACUAGAUCCCCCAGCCUCUAAGAUGACAAAUACUAGCAGAUGCAAUAAAAGGAAAUAUUCUACGAGUUUGGAAGCACCACAUUGUAGGCAUCCUCUACGAAGUAAAAGUAAACCGAUGGAAGAGGUGAAGCUUGACCAAUCAAAAACAAAAGGGACUAUGAACUGUGUAAAACCAAAGAACACAGUAGUUGCAGAUUCUUCACAUUCUGGAAGACAAAAAACUGCCGCUCCAAUAUCCUGUCCAGAAACAAUAGAGCCUAAGAAGGUAAAGCUUGAAAAAGUGAACUCGGAAGAGGAUUUUCAUUGUGCAGCACCAAAAGCAAGAAGGGGGGAGACUAACAUGGAGAAACUUGAAAAGCAAGAUGUGCAACAGAAUGUGUAUGCUGAAGCAUAUAAAUUUAAAGAGCACAGCAAUGAAGUACCAGUAGUGGAUCCCUCAGCAUCUAAGAUGGCAACCGCUAAUCAACAAAGUGAAAAGAAAACUACUACCAAUUUGGAUGCGUCAUGUUGUAGGUAUCCACUGCGACGUAAGCAACUGAAAGAGGUAAACCUUGAAAAACGAGACACGGAAGAGGACUUGUUUUGUGCAGUACAAAAAGCAAAAAAGAAAGAGACUAACAGAGUGAAGCUUGACAAAGGAGAUGCUGAAGAGCACUGCAAUGAAGUACCAGUGGUGGAUCCCUCAGCACCUAAGAUGACAACCGCUAAUCAACAUACUGAAAAGAAAACUGCUACAAGUUUGGAUGAGUCACAUUGUAGGUAUCCACUGCGAAGUAAGCAACUGAAAGAUGUGAACAUUGAAAAAAGAGAUUUGAAAGGGCACUGCAAUGAAGUAUCAGAGGUGGAUCUCUCCGCAUCUAAGAUGACUACCACUAAUCGACAUACUGAAAAGAAAACUGCUACCAGUUUGGAUGCAUCAUGGUGCAGGUAUCCACUGCGAAGUAAGCAACUGAAAGAUGUGAAGAUUGAAAAAAGAGAUUUGAAAGGUUUGAAAGAGCACUGCAAUGAAGUGUCAGUGGUGGAUCUCUCAGCAUCUAAGAUGACUACCACUAAUCGACAUACUGAAAAGAAAACUGCUACCAGUUUGGAUGCAUCAUGGUGUAGGUAUCCACUGCGAAGUAAGCAACUGAAAGAUGUGAAGAUUGAAAAAAGAGAUGUGGAAGAGCACUGCAACAAAUUACCAGUAAUGAAUCCCUCAGCAUCUAAGAUGACAACCACCAAUCAACAUAGUGAAAAGAAAACUGCUACCAGUUUGGAUGUGUCACCUUGUAGGUAUCCACUACGAAGUAAGAAAGAGGUGAAGCUUGAACAAUGGGGAGGAGAUAAGAAUAUGCAUAAUCUAAAGCCAAAAAAUAAAGUAGUCACAGAUUCUCCAUAUUGUAGAAGGCAAAAUUCUGGCCUUCCAGCAUCCUCUCCAAGUUUUCACCCAGAAAGGAAGGAGCCUAUCAGGGUGAAGCUUGAAAAGCCAGACGUGGAAGAGGAUUUGUUUUGUGCAUCUCAAAAAGCAAAAAUGAAGGUCACUAACAAUGUGAAACUUGAAAUAGGAGACGUGGAAGGUAAUUUGAAUAGUGCAGCUUAUAAAGUAAAAGCUUCUGAGAUGACAAAUACUUGGCAAGAAAAAGGCUAUACCCUCAUAGAUGCACAAUGUUCCAAAUUGGGGAAUCCAUACUUCAUUGUUUCUAUGCAGCCGACUCAUGUCUCAAGAAAUUUCCACUUGAAUAUACCUUGUAACUUCUUCAGGAGAUAUUUCAAAGAGGAGGAAACCAUUGUCGUUCUGCGAGCUUCUGAUGGGAGAACUUGGCGUGCAAGGUGCUCUUUCCAAUCAAAUUGUGCGAGGAUCCACUCACCAGGUUGGAGAGAAUUUGCACUAGACAACGGUUUAAAAGUUCAUGACACUUGUGUCUUUGAGCUGAUGGAAGGUGUCGAGCUAGUGUUAUAUGUAACAAUUUUCCGUGCUGACUCUUGUUUCCUGAAAGACAGUCUCCCAUUUUGCUCGAAAGGUUUUCGUGCUUGCACAAGUACUAGCAAUUCUCAGGCACUAUGAGAAACUUUACAAUGAUAGCAGCUUUUAUGCUAUACUAGAUUUACCUCAUCUUUGGUCAUCCCUUCCUCUAGUAUUUAAUAUCUUCAUUUCAAACUGAAAUGUUGUACUAUUUUUUAUUCCAUUUUUACUUCUUGCUUUUUGGUUCAUGCUAAAAUCAUGUUUUUACAUUCUCAAACGGAAAAAGUUUUAAAGGGUUUCAGUAACCAAUAGUGAUA